UCUGCUGACGGCUGAGGAAAAAAGAUGGCUGUGCGUUAAAAGGCGGUGGACAGCUGAGCGCCCAAGACCGAACCCAGGGCUCGACCAAGUACAAAAUCUGACGGGAGCAGCCCAGCGCCGAGUGUUUGCGUCGAAAUCUGCCGACGACCGCAGAGUUCGACUCGCAGGCGUCGGUCCGUCAGGGAUGUUGCCCGGGCUGUACCCGUCGUAGUCGCUGCUGCAAACCCCGCGGGCGCCGUUUUGAAGGAACGCGGCAGCUCCUCGACUUCGGUAACCUCGCCGUCGGAAGAGGAACGCCGCCCGAACGCCGCCGGGAACCAUGGAAGACAUCAACAGCGAUUCGAUCAUCCACUUGGCCGAGAUCGUCAAAGAUCGGCUCUUCUUUGCGACCGCAAGGAGCACGGUCAAGCCGCGUUCAACGGCGCUCAGCCACGUCUUCAGUGUGGACGAGGAAUUGGUGUACGAAAGCUUUUACGCGGACUUCGGCCCGCUGAAUCUGGCGAUGCUGUACCGCUACUGCGUCAAGCUCAACAAAAAGCUCAAGUCUUAUGCCCUGGCGCAGAAGAAGAUUGUGCACUACACAAGUAGCGACAGCAAGAAGAGGGUCAAUGCAGCUUUCCUGAUUGGUGCAUAUUCGGUGCUCUACUUAAAGCGGUCGGCAGAGGAAGCCUACCAGCCACUGGUGAAUGGGUCCUACGCUUCCUACAUCCCAUUCAGGGAUGCCUCAUUUGGUCCAUGCACAUACAACCUCACCCUCCUUGAUUGUCUGCGUGCUGUGGAAAAGGCCAUCAGCCACAAAUUUCUGGACUUUGAAAACUUCGACCUUGAGGAGUAUGAAUACUACGAGAGGGUCGAAAACGGCGACCUCAACUGGAUUGUGCCUCACAAGUUCAUCGCCUUCUGCGGGCCUCACCCCAAGAGCAAAAUUGAGAACGGCCACCCGUUCCACUCCCCCGAGACAUACUUCCCGUACUUCAGCAAGCACAACGUGAGCACGGUGGUGCGGCUGAACAAGAAGAUCUACGAUGCCCGGCGCUUUGCCGAGCAGGGCUUCGACCACCGGGACCUGUUCUUCGUGGACGGGUCGACGCCCAGCGACGCCAUCAUGCGGGAGUUCAUCGAGAUCAGCGAGAACACCCCGGGGGCCCUGGCCGUCCACUGCAAGGCAGGGCUGGGCCGCACAGGGACCCUCAUUGCCUGCUACAUCAUGAAGCACUACCGGUUCACGGCGGCAGAGUCCAUCGCCUGGAUCCGCAUCUGCCGUCCCGGUUCCAUCAUUGGUCACCAGCAGCAUUGGCUCGAAGGAAAGCAGGACUACCUGUGGCUGCAAGGGGACAUCUUCCGGUCCCAGCAGACGAGCAACCAGCGCAACAACAACAACGUGAACAACGCCAACAGCGGCAACGAGCGGGGCAGCUCCGCGCGGCGCUCGCUGUCGCCCCACAACCGAGGGGGCCUGGCGGCGCCCACGCUGGCGAGCGGAAGGCGCCAGGCGGGGCGCCGGACCCCUCCGGAGACGGAGGGUACCGUGAGCCACAUCCUGGGCCGGGUGGACCGCUUCCACCUCACGGACCAGGACAAGAGGACCAGGCAGCAGCUUCAGGUGGAUCGAGCAAACAACAACAGCGGCGGAGACUCGGAGGAAGACCUGACUCAGGGGGACAAGCUGAACAAAAUCAAGGCCCAGCGCAGGCAUCCGAGGUCUAUGACGACCGGAGUUCCGCUCGGUGGGGAAGACGGGCGUCCCCAGCGGAGGGCGUCCUCUCAGCCCCUCAAGGUCCCUCCAGGCACCCUGGGGACAGUCCCCACCGCGGGAUACGCGUCCCCGCUCAAGGCCCUCCGCGGGGGCGGCCGCAACGCGACCAUCGGCACCUCGGGCCGACGGAGGGCUUCGGGGUCGCCGCCCAACCGCAGCGGUGCCAAGGCCCCCGGCAAGGGUUCCAUGCCCAGGUGACCAGCAGCGGCCACCCGGAGGCUUUCCCCCAGACCCCUAAGGCGCAAGAAGAGGUCCCCCGGGGAGGCGCCGCUGCCCUUACCUCGAAAGCGCCCACGGAGGCCGCCUAGGGUGGCCGUGGUGCCCACCUGAGGCAGGCGUGCCCGGGUCGGCCUGCACCACUUCCUUCCUUCCCCUCCCCCGCAAAGAGAGAAACCCCCGGCCGUCGAUUUUGCCCCAAAGUACUCUAUCGCCUCGGGCCAUUGUUCCAUAGGAACUCUUCAAAUGAAGUCGCCCCUCCUCCCCUGGAACGGUUGCAGAUCGCCUGGGAAAAUUUUAAGGAGACUAGGGAAGCUAUAGAACACGUCGGAAAACUAGGGAAGCCCUGGGGAAAUAGGGAGGCCUUAGGGAAACUAUGGAAAUCCCCCAAUAAGUUUUGGAGAAAUUAGUGACGCCUUGUGGGGACAAGGCGUCACUAAUUUCUGGCAAAAAAGGCAAAAAGUUAAAAACUUGUAAAGAAACUGCGGUAGUUUUACAAAAUUUGUGGUGACACUAAACCUCUAGAAAAGUUGUUGCGUAUUAGGGAAAUAUCACAAAACAUUCCGAGCGCGUUGUGGUGCCAAACAUGCCAAAUUGAGUCAGGAAACUGAAAUCUUUGAACCAAAAUCUCUGGGCUUUCCCUAAAACGAUUUGGGGAUGGUUGGCACAUGAGGACUAUAGCUACUCUAUUCUGCAGGUGUGGGCCACUGGAGUUAUAUAUUCAUCAAAAAUGUUCCUAGUGGUCUGGUACCCAAUUUCCCUAGAUUUACCACCCAAGUUUCUCAAGUUGAUGAAUUCUACCCAAUUGGGAUACCAGACUUCCCUAGGCUGGGCACCAAUAUUCCCCAGGUUUGGGUCUAGUGCAGGGACAUAGCAUGGAAGCCACUUGCAGCGGCAUUUUAAAGACCGACUGUGGUGAAUCUGAAUGGUGUUUCUGGGGAAGCACACUGGAUGCCAGGAAAUUAUAAUUUAGCGAAAUUGUUCCGGAAUGACUACUGUUCCCUAAUGCCUGCACACUUUACUCACAAAUUGUGCACCCCAAGCCUGAACCUUGGGUCACGCUCGAGUGAGCUCCCGCUUUUCCCUGCGAGACAAAGAGGGAAGGCGGCCUGUCCCCAUUUUACUGGGAGUGUCUACAUCAUAUGUACAUUGUUUCUUGCCCCCAUCGCUUGUCCGGUGUACAGUGGUUGCACCAGAAACCAUUGUAACAUUUACAAACUGUGUUAGUUUGUAUUCUGAGAAGUGUGGUGAUCCAUGACAUGUGCCGAGUGUGUUAUUUGCUAGCAUAACUUUUAGUUUUAUGCGUUGGGGGCCCCACGUGAUUGGACGGUGCCUUGUUUUGCGUAGGGUGCCCUCGUGCGGUGUCACCUAGUGGCCGCACACUAGCUUCGUUCGAUUUACCUGCACCGGUGCAGAAAAGUGUAGGGCUGUGCACUUCCAGUAUGUGUAUUUAGAUACGACAGGAAGUACACAGCUUACACUUUUCUGCACUGGUGCAAGAGGUACAGGAAAAUCGAACGAAGCUACUGAUGGUGCACCAGUUUUGCGGCGUCGACCGAAAAGCAGCGGUCCGGUAGGUUUUAGCUGUGAAAGUAGACCAGCUCAUUGUGCUUUGUUUUAGCAGACAGUAAUUUUAGUCCUAACAGACGGAGUAGAGUUUUGUGCCUUGGUGUGAAAUCAUUCUCGAUUUUAUCCGCGGCUUUUGCGUUGACUCCCGUUUUGCCGGUUUUCAUGACGUUUUUGAAAGUGUGUGUCUCGCCUGGUGAUUUUUGUCAGGUGCCACAAGCAGAGAGGGGCCUUUGCGGUCGAAACACACAACUGUUUUAUGCGCACAAAACACUGCACAGACGGUACUUCUCGAGACAACUUUGGCCAAAAGAAAACAUAACGUACGCCGACGUGCGAAUUAAGCGUCGACGCUUCACGAAGGUCCGUCGCCGUAAUCAUCAGUCACGCGUAACAUUGCACGCCCUUAACGCCGCGCAACGCGGAAAAGUACAAUGCAGCUGUUUUCACGAUUGCAGGAAGCGCCUCAAACGGUUCGUCGCCCGUGUAAUAUACUUGAAAAGCGGAAGGCAUCUGCAUUUUUCGGGACCGACCUCCGAGUCCACGCGUCAUCGGCCGUCGCGUUUUCGAUGGCCGCGCCACUCCACCCCGUGCAGUUCAUCGACUAAUUUAUUUUCCCAUCCUCAUAUAUCGGUGUGCCGUCCCCCCAUCUCUGUUUAGAGCUUGUAAACUCGUGCCCUCCGUCUCGACUUCCAUAUCCCCCCGGCGACCGUCUGGUCGGCGUUGAGAGAUGCGGGGAAGCUAUGAAAGGAGUUCAAGUGCCUGCAGGCGACUUCCCAGCGCGGAAUCUCCGGUUCCGUGCGUGUUCCUCCCGCGGUCGUUGCUGUCUCUCCUUUUUUUUUUCUUUCUGCUGCGCGUUGCCGUCGGCAGAGUUUCCUCACCGAGUUUCUGCUCCCUCCUUUUGUCGAUAGAGUCGACUGGAGUCAUUGGAUAAGCUACGCUUCAGAGUCCCGACACUUCUGCCAUCUCGAUGCGUGAAAUCGUCGUUGCCAGUCGUUGCGACGCCUUUUAUCCAAAAUCGCGGGAAACGGCAAACCGUGUCCUGCGAGGUUGUGUUUUCGGGUCGGAAGGAUUGGCAGUUGCGCCCAAUCUACGUUCGGCGCCAAAAUGGUGGCAUCCACGGAAGAAUCUGGGGAUUAGAGGGCCGACACUCUAGGCGUAGCGUAUUCGGUGGCCCCAGGGCCGACGUAUCCAGCCGCGUUUCUCGGUUAAGUGGAAUGUGCUGUGAUUUCAUGCUUGUCACGCGUAACAUUGCAUUGUUUUACUCUCUCAGAAUAUUGCAUAGUAACGGCUGGGGCUGCCGGGCGUUUCCAGGGUGCAAACACCUCUGUCGUCUGCUGGCCAAAACGGCAGACGACGACAGAAACGUUGGCUCUCAACGGGGGCACGAGAAAGUGCAAUGCAAGAGGGUGUACGGUAACAUUGAGUCUCUUUUAGCCGUCGCAGUGAAGAAGAGAGGUAACGGCGAAUUUCGGCUUCAAUGCACUGCGGAAGACUAGCAGUGAUGCGGCGUUGUUCGAUUCACAGGACGUCCGCAUGCGGUUUGAACGGACGUUAAAAGCCUUCGUAUGGCACAUCUCAGUGGCUUGCGUUGCCCGGAGCUUUCUCAAAGAUGGCAAAUUAUUUUGUCUCACUCAGCUAGGAAAAUGGAAUGCUCUACCCUGGAAAUGUUCGAUGGUUCCUGCAAUUUUAUUUAUUUCGGGACGUUUCACAAACGUGGUCGUCGCCGGAAGACAGCCAGGCCGUCGCUCGAGUCGCUGCGAACGUUGAUUUUGCACGACGGGCAGCGCAGCGCACACGCACAUUGCAAGGGAGUACAAACGACGCCCGCCGAAGUGCAUCCGGCGUCCGCUUCUGCUUGCGCGGUCUUCUGGUUGUGUGUGCGAGGUGCCAAGCUCUGUACUUGUUUUGCAAGAUCCAUUAGCGACAAUUCUCUCGUAAUGUUCAGUGGAGUGUGAGCUCGUAUCAAAUGUCUGUACUUUCGUGAACUUAACGGUGUCCUGUACCCUCUCGUGUUUUCUUUUCCAAAGCUGCGCUGUAUUCUCGCGGUAUUUGCUGUUUACGCGUUUUAACGAAGUGUCCUGUACAAUGUUGAAAACAUACAAAAAAAGUGAGUAUUUUAGACAAAAGUCUUAGCAGAUUAACAAAAGUGUAAUACACUAUAGUUUUUAUAA